UCUGGAGAAGAGAAGGCUCCUUAGUUAGCCUGUUAGCAACUGCGUGAAGAUGCAACUGGCUCUAAGUAAAACCUUCGGCCAGAAGCCGAUUAAAUUUCAGUUAGAGGAAGAUGGAGACUUUUACAUGGUCGGAUCAGAGGUAUGUGGCCGUUCAUCCAUUGACUUUUCGACGCGUAGCUCUCCUGUAUUAGCUUCAGUAAACCAUUCUUUUGGCUAGUUGAUGCUAGCACGCUAACUAGCCUUAUUGGUGCUCCGUAAACAAAGAAACACGUUUAAACGGAGGAGGGAGGGCUGACCCAGGAUAACAACAAGGAAGAAGAAAUAGAAAUAAAUCACACGGUUACAGUCAUAACCUAAGAUUGUGAUAAGAGUCUUUGUCUGUUUUGCUGUAAAAUAAUAUAUUUUUUAUAAAUUCCCGCCUGUAGUCUACUACAGGGAAGGUAGUUUUGUUGGGCUGAUAUGAACAUCAUCUCCAAAUAACAUGCAGAAGUGUUAAAAAAUCCCUGUUUGUCAGCUUCUGAGAGUGUGGUAGACCGAUCUCAAACCAAACCACGAGAAGAAAAGCAAAAAACGUCUUAUCAGUCUGUGUUUGCACAAACUAUCAGAGUUAAAAAACAAAAAAGACCAAACAACCUAAAAAAGUAGUUUCAAAGGGAGCGAACGUUACACUUCAGUCUGUUGGUCGUGUCAGAAGUACUGGACUAGAACUAGCUGUUUUUACUGCAAUAUGAUGGUGCAACAUUAAAAGGAGAAUACUAGAAUAAAAAUUAAUAAGAGCAUGCAGGACAUGUAUAAAACUUUUAUACUUUAUAUAUGUCCUGCAUGCUCUUAUUCAUUUUAUGAUAAUGUGUAGUACAACCAGGUACUGUAAAGGUUCACAUUACACACCAUAGUGCAUAUGCUUGUUGACAGUUGAGAGAUCUGGAGUUGUUAAUAAGAUUUAAUAUGAUGUAAACUAAUGGUCGACCAAUAUCAUUUUUUCAAUUAUUUAUUCCCAGAAUAACAGAGUAGGUCAGCCACAACUGAGUUAUUGAAACAAACCGAAGAUAUUAAGGUUAGAGGGGAGUCAAUGCAUUUAAUUGAAACUGUCACUAAACUGUAUGCAGUUUGCAGCACCAUUUGAAGCUUUUCUUAAAAACAUGGCCCAAAACCUGGAGGAUUACUAAUUAGAGUGAAGGUCUAAAAUACCAAUACAUUUUUGUGUUCCUGUUUCUGCAUUUAGUUUGAAUGAAAGCUCUGCUCUGUGCUCUGCAGGUUGGAAACUAUCUGCGUAUGUUCAGAGGCUCUCUGUAUAAAAGAUACCCGUCUUUAUGGAGGAGGUUGGCUUCGGUGGAGGAGAGGAAAAAGAUUGUGGCCUCAUCACACGGUGAGCUCUGUCACUUUGUGUUUUUAUAAACGAUCUUAACAUUCCUACUUUGGUUAGAUACUAAGAUAAAAUGUUGUGUUACGUAAAGCUUGUCGAUCAGUCUGUUAACAAAUGAAAACUGCCUAUCAAAUUUACCCAGAAUGCAAUGCAAAUUUCCCACCCAUCAGAAGUUGACCCGUGUCUGUGUUUUCUGGUCUGAAGCCACCAGUGUGACUCUUCUGAAGGCGUCUGAAUGUGAAGAAAUCUUCGAGGGAAAUGAUGAGAAAUACAAGGCAGUGUCCAUCAGCACAGAGCCCCCAGCUUACCUCAGGUAACUCUACCUGGAUAACAAGUGUGUGUGUGUGUGUGUUUCAUCUCUGUUCUAUUGACUUCAAUCUUAAUAUAUUUUUUGAUGGUUUGCAAGAAAUUUUUUUGGAGUUCUAUCUUUAAAAAACUACAAAGUUAUAAGAAUGAAAAACGAUACAAAUGUUUGUCAAAGGUUGACUGGGAUCAUUUGAAAAUCAAAUUAAUACAACCAGAUAACAUAGUGUACCAGCGAUCCACAAGGGGGCAGAGUGCAUUUCUCAGAAGACCACCCAUGGACACACAUGGAGGUCCUCGAUCUGUGACCCACAUGUAGAUUUGCUCAGAUGCUUUAAUAUUUUUGAAAAAGUGAAGGCGAGUAAAAGAUUCGAAUAAGUACCCGUAUUUUCAAAGUAAUUUUGAAUGUCCAGUGUCACAACACACCAAAGAUGAAACUCUGUUGCAUAUGUCUACAUGUCUUAGAGGACUGAGCUGAAGCUUCUGAAGCUGAAAGCCCAGAUGUUAGGCGCAAUAACCAUGAACACAAAGACAAAACAGGACUUCCCUUUAAUCAAAGUGAAUUUUAAAUAUGAGCAGUUCAUCCUCCUUUUUCAUUUUGUCUGCCUUCAUGAGUUCUUUGAGGGCAAAAACAUUGAUAUUGGCAUAGACAACACAACUUUAAAUGAAAACCCUACAAUGUAUUUGAACAAUGGUUCAGAGUUCAUUUGUCAUUUCUCCACAGGGAGCAGAAAGCAAAGCGGAGCAGUCAGUGGGUUCCCACACUACCGAACAGCUCCCACCAUCUCGACGCUGUGCCUUGUUCCACCACCAUCAACCGCAAUAGGAUGGGACGAGACAAGAAGAGGACAUUUCCCCUGUGGUGAGAAAGUUAUUUCAGUUACAGACAGGGUGUCCAUUAGUCUGUUAGACAACAACACAACAGCAGAUCAAGUCCAGAUAAGAAUCAUUUUAAAAACCUGCUGUCUUUUUGGACAUCAGUCAUGUUAAAACGGGAAGAACUUCUCAGUUCAGCUUUAUCUAUUCAGUACUGAGUGUUUUUGUGUGUGCCUGUGUGUCUCGCUCAGUUUUGACGACCACGACCCUGCAGUGAUCCACGAGAACGCAGCACAGAUCGAGUCACUGGUUCCCAUUCGUCUGGACAUGGAGAUAGACGGACAGAAGCUGAGAGAUGCUUUUACCUGGAACAUGAACGGUUGGUAUAUAAGCUGAUGAACAUCCAAAACUAACUGCGUUCUCACCGGUCAUGUCCGCUAACCUCUCUUGUCUCACCUUCGUCAGAGAAACUGAUGACCCCUGAGAUGUUUGCAGAGAUUUUAUGUGACGACCUGGACCUGAACCCCCUGACGUUUGUCCCUGCCAUUGCCUCAGCCAUCCGUCAGCAGAUCGAGUCGUACCCCACAGACAGCAUCCUGGAGGAGCAAGCAGACCAGAGGGUCAUCAUUAAGGUGAGGGCGUUCAGAAUAUGAACAACACAAAGAGGAUUGAAACAGAAAAAACUAUUUAAUGGUGCAAAUUGUAUAUAGUAUUGGAAUGCUUUUAUGUUUGCAGGAUGAAGGAGCAUUUGAGGUGUUUUAAAAUGACAAAUAAAUGAACUUGACUGUUUUCUUUUGUGUGUGUGUCCCUCAGCUGAACAUCCAUGUGGGGAACAUUUCUCUGGUGGACCAGUUCGAGUGGGACAUGUCGGAGCGGGAGAAUUCGCCCGAGUCAUUCGCUCUGAAGCUUUGUUCUGAACUCGGUCUGGGAGGAGAGUUUGUCACCACGAUCGCUUACAGCAUACGGGGUCAGCUCAGCUGGCACCAGAGGACCUACGCUUUCAGGUAACACACACACACACACCUAAUAUACCCUGCAUGCAUGUUGUUCCAAAAUAAGGAGGCCAAGGAAGCAGGUGUGCAUGUUCAAGGUUAAAAGGAAAAAAUGCAUGAAAGCGUGCAUGUGUACUGUUUGAUAGAUCUAAAUUAUUAUGUUUAUGCACCAUGAAUUUUGGCAUAUGAACACUUUUUGUGAGGGUUUAUUUUUGAUUAGAUAGGACAACUGAAGUGAGAGUGGAAAUGUGGGGAGUAGAAAGUGGAGAAGACAUGUUUAAUACUUAGAAAGUAAGCAUUAUGUUCUUUGGUUUACUUUAGAGAGAGCUCACACCAGUUGUUGUGCGCCUGGCCUUGUCUUUUCAUGUGUCGAUGGUUUUUGUUUUUUUGCGGUGCUCUGAUUUACCGCUCUCAUGUCUGUUAUUUGUCCGCAGUGAGAACCCCCUCCCAACUGUGGAGAUAGCCAUCCGUAACACAGGAGAUGCAGACCAGUGGUGUCCCCUGCUGGAGACCCUCACAGAUGCAGAGAUGGAGAAAAAGAUCAGAGAUCAGGACAGGAACACGAGGUGAGGAAGAUGGAAACACAUCCCAAAAUAGAGAUCUUUGGAUGCAGAACUUGAAAACAAUCUCUUUGCAAAAAUGUGUUUCUUGUUUGAUAAUACCACCUGCAUAUGAUGUGAAGCGUCCGCUUUCAAACACUUCAGUUUGUUGAAGGUUCUUGACGAAAUGCAUGAUCUUUUUUUUUUUUUUUCUCCCAGGCGUAUGAGACGGUUGGCGAACACGGCUCCUUCCUGGUAGACGCGUCAAAAAGCUGCAUCACGUGAUGAUUCCUCUGGAGACUUCUGUUACUGAAUGGAUCAAGUAAACACACACAAAGUUACUCAAACACACAAACAGGUCAUCUUUAAAACAGCACCGAACAUCUGGACGUCCCUGGAAACAUGAAUGAAUGACUGAACACACACAAACACACACACACAUCUGGCAUUCCUCUGCACACAGGUCGACGUCUUUCACUGCCUUCAGCACAGAGCUGACACCUAUUUGCUGCUGUUUGUAUUGAAGGAGGUUUGCAUUUGUCACACACUCACACAUACAUCAUGCACCAAUCAUCAUGUGUAUCACAUCAGGACACUUUUGGUUUUAGUGCAUCUGUAACUCAGUUUUUUUUUCCUUUAAAUAACUGAAACUCUUAAGACUAAGUUCGGUGGCUGACAUGCUGAACUAUUCACACUCCGAUUCCAUCUCUGACAUUAACCAAAGCUAGAAGUUAGGAAGUUUUUAGUUACUCAAAAAGAUAGGUCAAAAGAAUAGAUUUCCGUGCACCUUGUUUUCAUCAGCAGCGUUUCUCUUGGCUAGAUAACAGAUCUCUGACUUGCAGCUGUCACCGUGAGGACAGAGGAGACAGAGCGUGCACAUAUGUCCACACAGUGAGCAGAUAAUUCCACUCAGCUUCAUGACACUCUGACACGCUGGAAGAUGACAGCAUGAAGUGCUUCUCUGUGUUAAACAGAUGCACAUUUUCAACAUCUGGCUCAGGCAUGUCAUAAUCCAUUUUAUCCUGGCGUAGAUCAGACUGCAGGGAGGUCAGAAUCUGUUUCUCAGAUCAGAUUUUCAAAGUAAAGGUAGCAGUUCAUGUCAGAGGCCUUUUAUUCUUUUAAAUCGACAUCUACAAACUAAACGCUCUGAUAAAAUUAGAAACAAUCUGGUGUCUGUGCCAGUUUCAAGUCUUUUGAUGAUUCCGUUCAGUUUGGGUGAUAUGAUUAGAUGACUUAGCUGUGUCAAAUGUCAUGCACUCACAUCUAUUUCACCCUUAUAAUUGAAUACAAACUGCACAUUUUGCCUUCAUGCAAAUUCUGUGCAAUGUCAUGAGCAGCGAAAUGGAUUGGACAGCUAAAUAUGAGAGUAGCAGAGACCAAGGUGGCUCAAAGAUCAAACAAACAACUGCUGAAGUGAGGACAACAUCCUCUGGUGUGUGCUUUAACUGGAGGCCAAAUCAGCACCCCCAAUAAUGACAUUUUUAGGUGUCUCUGCAGAGCUUGCAUCGUUUGCUUCCCAUGACAACGUGAAUUAUGUGUCUGCAAAAUAUCUACCUGACAUCCUUUCCUCUGCUGAAAGAGCUCAGUCUGCAGAGGAUUCUUAGAAACCAGCUUUUACAUCAACUUCUAUAAAUGUAGCUCAGAUCGGCAUCAUUAAAAAUCGUGAGUUGGAUAACUCCAGAGAAAACUAAAGAUGGCCGCUCAAUACCUAUUAAGUGUACUGUCUGCAAAAUCUGUAGCAGGUGUUUUGAAACUAUUAUAAGACACAGUCACUGUUGGGAUUCGACUGGUUCUUUUUGUUUUUACCUUUGUGUUGCACAGACAUUAUCCCAAAUCAAUUUUAAUGUGUUUCUGCAGUCUGACACACAUGCAGCAACAUGACGUGAGAUCAGUAUGAGUUUGGGUUUAGAGAAUAAAGGGCCUCUGUUUUUUUCACUUCAACAAAGAUUUGAAAAAAAGGAAAACUAAGAGUGUCUGCAGGAAUAGUUUGCAUUUCACUCAAACAGCAUGAAAAUCGUGAAGUGUUUUGUUUCGAAGCAUAAAAAGGUCAAACAUUUUCUGUCCGGCAUCUCAUACUCAUGCAGGAGGGUGAGCUGUACUUUGCUGUCAUAAAUCAUCAUGAACUUCUCUUCUAAGAGCUGACCAGACUUUUGAAUGUCACUGUUGACUCUGCAGAAACGUGAUGUGUUACACUUUUUCAACUGAAGCUGGCCCCGAGCAUUAAAGCCCUCCCAUGAGACAGUAUAAAAUAGGAAUGAAACGCUUCUCUCUGUGCUGACAGAUUGAAGAAUUUCAUGGGAUGGUUUGAAGUGUGGAAAAAAAAAACAUCUGCUAUGAGAGCAAUUAGUUAGGUCAGCAAUCUUGUAGAGACUCCAACAUAAAGCAUAUUUAAUGAAUGUAAAAGAUCUUCAGAAAAGACUUCAUCCUUUUGUGGAGGGUGUAACUGUCCCUAUCAAAGCAGUGUGCAUGUACAAAAUAAACUCUAACAAGCCCACCGUAAUCUUUCAGCACACACAGACAGCAGCGCUUCAGAUCUGCCGAGUGUUUGCAGCCAUUCACAGUCUCAGACAGACUCUGCUGUUGGUUUAGUGCACCAGUGUUCAUGCAUGCUAAAACAAACUGUUAGUAGUUGAUUCUGUUCUGUGCAUGAGGGACGGAUGCUCCUGAUGUUAACGUCUGUCUGCGCUGAGCGCUCCGAGCAUCAGCGUCAGCAGACUGAGAACCAACGGUGUCUUUCAACGUGACCAUUUUACGACUUGAAUUUACUCUGAGAAUGAUGUUAACGUUUGUUGCUUCUUGUUCUCUUCUUUUGUAAAAUUGCUUUACCUUUAUAGUGGACUCAUUUUUUAUAUUGAAAACAACAAUAAAGGAAACUUGAUGUAAAUGUAU